AUGAAGAGAUAUGGUUAUGUCCAAGCACCGACGAUUCAUGGAGCUCCAGAAACUUUGGUGUGGACGACAGGAGAGAUCGGGUUCGUCAUCGAAUUCCCAUCUCGCGCCGGUGUCGCCUUGCAUAUGUCAGUACGUAUGGGAAUGCAUGGAGGAGAACACUGCAUCGUUCUGAACAACAUGAGGAAUGGAGCAUGGCAGAUCGAAGAACGCCAUGCGAAUGCGUUUCAUUUCGGACAACACUUCCAUCUUCAGAUAAAAUGCCAUCAGAGCCACUACACGGUACUUGCUCAUUCUGUCAUCGGGUUCGUCGUCGAAUUCCCAUCUCGCGCCGGUGUCGCCUUGCAUAUGUCAGUACGUAUGGGAAUGCAUGGAGGAGAACACUGCAUCGUUCUGAACAACAUGAGGAAUGGAGCAUGGCAGAUCGAAGAACGCCAUGCGAAUGCGUUUCAUUUCGGACAACACUUCCAUCUUCAGAUAAAAUGCCAUCAGAGCCACUACACGGUCAAUGUGAAUGGCCAGCAAGUCGCCCACUUCUAUCACCGUGAAGAUCCUCAUCAUGUGACGGCACUUGCCGCAAGAGGAGACCUUCAAGUUACCAAAAUUCAUUUCGAAAACUUCGUUGGAAUGGGCGGAGGUGUACAGGUGGGAUCUGGUGUUGUGGUGGCUCAGCCGCCACCAGCAACAGUCGUCAUGGCACCUGCACCUCCGCCACCAGCACCAGUUGUGGUGGUGGCACCUAGGCCUGCUCCUCUUGUCGAGGUAGUGAUGCCUCCACGUCGACCCAUCGUCGAAGUUGUCGUGCCGCCGAGACGUCCACUUAUUGCACCGGUAGAAAUGUUUCCAUAG